AUGGCGAUUGGCAUCGCUGGGACCAGCGGUCCAGGGGCAGAUAGCAGGGGGAUGGGGGUGAGAGACACAUCAAAGCUCCAGAACCCAAGACGUAAGCAGUCCGUCUCCAGAAGUCUCAAGCACCUCUUUAACUCCUCCAACAAGUUUGUCAAGACUCUCAAAAGGGGGGUUUACCUGGCGGCAGUGUUCUACCACAAAGACAGUCUACUGGUGACCACAGAGGACCAGAUCCCUAUAGUGGAGGUGGAUGACUCUUACGGCAGCUCUCUCAUGCAGGACUUUCUAUGGUUCACUAAGUUGUCGUGUAUGUGGGAGGAUGUGCGGUGGCUGAGACAGAGUAUGUCUGUCUCUAUGUCCUCCUCCUCCACUCUACAGGCCAGACAGAAGAUGUUGGCUGCCGCUGGGCAACUACAGAGCUUGUUGGGGACACACAACCUGGGGCGUGUCCACUACGAGCCCAUCAAGGAUCGUCAUGGCAAUGUGUUGCUAGUGACGAUCCGGGACAUGGAGAGCCAGUACUCAUUCUUCAGUGGGAAGUGGAUGCAGGUGUCCAAGCUACAAAGCCAGAGGAAGAGUCUGUCCACACCUGAAGAACCCUACGCAUUGGACAUACUGCUAAUUACCAUACAGGACAUCUCGGCCUACCAGAGGCGUAGCCAGCAUCGCCUGACCCCAGGUCUGUACCUGGGUUACCUGAAGCUCAGCAGCUCUGUAGACCAGAUCAGAGUGCUGGUGCCACAGAGGAUGCCCAACAUGCUGUGCCAUGCGAGGGUACGAGACAACGCCAAUGUCUCCAGGUGA